CAUCACCUCUUGGAAUUGUAUACGAAGAUGCAACUCUAUUAUUCCAUUUUCUGGUGUACCGCUUUGUUGGGACGUGUUAAGGGUCAAUCGCUGACACCUUCUGGAACUGAGCGCGUUAUCCCCACGCUUUCUCCGCAAGUCAACGCGCUGCCUAGCCUCACGCCUACAAUCCUUGACAGCAGUGCGCCCAAUUCUCAACAUUGCCCAGGAUACAAAGCAUCCAAUCUACUCGAAAAUGAUUAUGGAUUCACCGCAGAUCUGAUGAUUGCCGGAGACAACUGUCAAGCUUUCGGCAACGAUAUUUCGCAUCUGACACUAGAGGUCUCCUACCAGUCAAAACAACGAUUGAAUGUCCGAAUUUACCCGACGCAUAUCGCACCUGAGCAAGAAUCAUGGUACAUUCUACCCUCGAAUAUCGUUGAUCAACCUGAGUGGGAUGGCCAGACGACUGCUAGUUCAAGCGAUCUUAGUUUGGAAUGGAGUAACGAUCCCACUUUUCAAUUUCGAAUAAUUCGCAACAACAAUAAGGAAGAGCUCUUCUCAACGUACGGCCAUGUUAUUGUAUAUGAAGACCAGUUUCUGGAACUUGUGACAAAUAUGAUUGAUGAUUACAAUGUGUAUGGGUUGGCGGAAAACAUACACGACUUCUGGUUGAGCAAUAAUCAUACACAGACUUUCUACGCGACAGACGCAGGCAACACUGUGGAUGGCAAUGUGUACAGUGCGAUACCUUUUUACCAGGAAACAAGAUAUCAUAACAGUACAGACACUACGUCCCAUGGCGUGUAUGCUCGUAAUGCCCAUGGUCAAGAGUGGCUUCUUCGUGAAAAUGGCAUCACAUACCGGACAUUGGGCGGGAGUUUUGAUCUAUAUUUCUACAGUGGCCAGAAAGAUGAUGGAAGCUCCAGUGCGCUGGAAACAAUCGCACAGUUCCAUACCCAGGGUAUCGGAUUACCAGCUAUGCACAUGUACUGGACCUUGGGAUUUCACCAAGCUCGUUGGGGCUGGGAAAAUAUUUCAGUGUUGCAAGAGGUAGUAGAUGGGUAUCGCAACGCCGACGUUCCGCUUGAAUGCCUUUGGAACGACCUCGAUAUCUAUGACUUGUAUCGGGAUUUCACUAACAACGAAGCUACGUACCCACUGCCCGAGUUCACCAGGUUCAUCGAAAGUUUGCAUGCAAAUAAUCAGCAUUACGUACCGAUCGUGGAUAGCAAUAUCUACGUUUCGAACCCCGAUAACGAAAGCGAUACAUAUGGACCAUUCGAGAGAGGUGCAGAUCUUGAGCUGUUCAUCCGAGACCCUACUACUGGAGGUUUUUACUACGGCGACAAUUGGCCAGGCUUCAGUGUCUGGGGUGACUUCUUACUUCCAGCCACACAGCAAUGGUGGUCUAAGGAAAUAAUCGAUUGGCAUAACGGCACUCCUUUUGACGGCAUCUGGAUAGACCUCAGUGAAGCGUCCUCAUUCUGCGCUGGAUCGUGCGGCUACGGUCGAUUAACCGAAAAUCCUAUUCAUCCACCAUUUUUACUGCCUGGAGAUCCACUCAUGUUUGACUACAACUACCCUGAAGGGUUCAAUGUGACAAAUGCCACCGAAGCCGCUUCCGCGACAGCCGCGUCUGCUUCACAGUCUUCUGCCAUGUCGGCAUCGCCUGUUCUCCCAUCGCCGACAACGACUACCCGCGGGAGGACUGAACCAACCCCUGGUGUUCGCAACCUCAAUUUUCCACCGUAUGUUAUAAAUAAUGUCCAGGCAGGCCAUGCACUGGGCAAAAGUGCUAUUGCACCAAACGCCACCCAUAAUAAUCAGUACAACACCACCGAGUAUGACUGGCACAACCUUUUCGGCUACCAAAUAUCAAACGCGACUUACCACGCCCUUCUUGAGCUGUUCCCCGGUCGCAGGCCAUUCACCGUUGGUAGGAGUGUUUUUGCGGGCAGCGGGAAAACGACCGGUCAUUGGGGUGGAGAUAACACUAGUACAUGGGGAUCAAUGUUUCUUUCGAUCUCGCAAGCUCUCACCAUGAUGAUGUCCGGGAUUCCAAUGUUCGGCGCAGACACAUGCGGCUUCGCUAGGAACACCGAUUUCCAACUCUGCUCUCGAUGGAUGGAACUCAGUGCCUUCUUUCCUUUCUACCGUAACCACAACGUCAAAGCAACCAUAGGCCAAGAAGCCUAUCGCUGGUCCUCCGUCGCAGAAGCCUCCCGUCGUGCCAUGAAGGUCCGCUACUCACUCCUCACAUACAUGUACACGCUCUUCUACUACGCCCACACAGAAGGCGCUACCGUGAUGCGCGCACUAGCUUGGGAAUUCCCCAACGAUGUCUCGUUGCGAAAAACAUAUGCUCAAUUCAUGCUCGGGCCAUCGAUUCUCGUAACGCCUGUCCUCGAGCCUAAUGUCGAUACCGUACGCGGCGUAUUUCCCGGCGUUGGCGAGGGUGAGAGGUGGUAUGAUUGGUACUCAUUGGAAGAGGUGAGGGCUGGUCCAGGCGAGAAUGUGACUAUGGAAGCCCCGCUUGAACAUAUUAAUGUACACGUGAGAGGAGGGAGUGUCAUCGCACUGCAGCAGCCGAGAUUGACGGUCGAGGAAACGAAGAAUACGUCUUACAGCCUUCUAGUGGCACUGGAUGGCGAUGGUAAGGCGAGUGGAAGUUUGUAUCUUGACGAUGGAGUCAGCUUGGUACAAGAAGCCACGAGGUUGGUUACGUUUUCCUAUGCGGAUAACUGCCUUGCAUACAGUUCUGAAGGCUCUUACCAUGCUGCACAGCCAUUGGACAAUGUUACCAUCACUGGCCUAGGAGCACCACGGAACAACUCCACGGGACGCAACGGGUUGUACAAGGGCUGGAGCAGCGCGCCAAAGCACGUGUCCAUGCAGUACGGAAAGACGAACCACAGCACCGACACAUUGCAUAUGAAUUAUGAUGUUGGUAUUGGAGUGUUGAGAAUGAGUGGAGUGGAGCAGUACACGUCGGAUGGGGCCUUCGAGGGGGAUAUGAAGCUAUGCUUCGAAGAGUAG